AUGGCUUCCACUCUACUACUACGACAUGCAACCAAAGCAACUCUGACUGGGGGCCCUCUUCGUCUGUUCAGUUCCCAGCAUUUUGGGGCAGAGGUCAUCAAGAUAGAGCCACCCUCUGUAGGGGACCCUCUGAGAGUGUGGCGCGAACUCGACGCUGAUGGUGCAGAAAACAAGAAGAGCGUCGCUAUUGAUCUGAGAAAAGAUGAAGGACGAGAACUUGUGAAGUGGCUAGCGGCCAAGAGCGACGUGGUACUUGAGAAUUUCAAGCCUGGAACACUUGAGAAAUGGGGAUUGGGUCCUUCCGACCUGCAUCCGCUCAAUCCCUCUCUCAUAUUCACUCGAGUUAGUGGGUAUGGUCAGACAGGACCGUGGUCUUCUCGUCCCGGUUAUGCAUCCGUUUGCGAAGCGGAAUCUGGUUUCCGUUACAUCAACGGUCUCGUGGAUCCAAAGACGGAUGGGCAUGCUGGUCCGCCGGUUAGACCAAACAUCAGCUUAGGGGACUCAGUUGCAGGGCUCCAUGCCGCUUUCGGAACCGUCCUGGCGUUGAUGUCACGGGAAAA